AUGAUUGACGAGAGGGCGAUGCGGUCGUCCAUACGCCACCCGGAGCCCGUGCAGUUUUCUACCCCACCGUCACAAGGUGGAAUUAAGAAGAAUGGUGCGUGGAUGACGGUCGUCGACCCCGAAUGGGAUCCAGAUGCUGCACCAACUCGCUCAAAGUAUCAGGGAUUCAUGCGCUGUCAUCUUCUCGAACUUGAAGAGCUGGCAUUACUAGUAUCAGUGCAUCAUAUGUCUGAGAUGAUCCACUGGCAUCGUUCAACAGGUAUCCCCUGGUAUGAGGAUAAUAUUUGA